AUGCCUCACAACGUUGACAAACACGGGGUUGAAGAAGCGUACGAGAAUAUACGAAACGAUCAUACUGAUGAGAUUUGGGCUUCAUUUGGCUAUGAUGACAACGAGAAAAUUGUCCACCUCAAAUCUGGAARGAAUUACGAUCAUUUUUUAGAAGAAUUGGAUGACGACAGGCGACUGUAUGCUUUCGUAAGAGUGGAGACUGGUGACGAGUUAAGCAAGAGAGCCAAGUUUGUGUUUAUAACGUGGAUCGGAGAAAAUGUGUCACCGCUGAAGAAAGCUAAAGUCAGCACUGACAAGGGCAACGUUAAGAUGGUCAUCACGAAUUUUGCCGUGGAAAUUUUAUGCAGUGAUAAGAAUGAACUUCUUUAUGACAAGGUGAAGUGCCAGGUUCAAAAAGCCGGAGGAGCUCACUAUGGAACAGGAAAAUAA